GCGGAGAGACUGCGGCGAUAAACAAAUACAGCCCAGCCGAGUCGGAGUGUCCCAUGGAGCUCGGCGUCGGCACCGGGUGACUUUCAGGACAGUGGAGCUUCUUCAGGGACUGAGUUUGGAUCCGAACCGAGUAAAAAAUAAAAAUCCCGGAGUUCGUUUGAUUGAAAACUGGAGGAUUUGACCGUCCUCACCCCCCCCACCUCCCGCCUGCCUGCCCUCUCUCUCCGGGUCUGAGGCGGCUUAUGUGACACUUCGUCCCGUCGGAGAAACGAGCGAACCAUGACGGAGCUGAGGAAGCGAGGCGGGGGCGGAGGAGACCCUGACAGCACCGACAACAUCUGCGACAAGGGGGCUGAAGGUGAGGACAGGCCGGGCCCGCCGGGCGACGCAGAGGAAGAAUGUGACGUGGACUCCAAGUUAGACGCUCCAGACGUCCUCCCCUCCACGGCCGACAUGGACAACACUCCAGAAUGCCUGACCAAAGCUCUGGAGGGGCUGCCUCCCAGGUGGAAGAACUACUGGAUCCGAGGAGUUCUGUCCAUAGCCAUGAUUUUAGGCUUUUUCCCCAUCAUCUAUAUGGGACCCAUCUCUCUUAUCUUUGCGGUCAUGUGUGUGCAAAUCAAGUGUUUCCAUGAAAUCAUCACCAUUGGUUACAGAGUUUAUCAUUCCUACGAGCUGCCUUGGUUCAGAACCCUGAGCUGGUACUUCCUGGUCUGUGUCAACUACUUCUUCUACGGUGAAACGCUGGCAGAUUACUUCGGAGCUUUGGUGCAGAGGGAGGAGCCUCUGCAGUUCCUGUCUCGCUAUCACCGCUUCAUCUCUUUCGCUCUGUACCUGGCAGGUUUCUGCAUGUUUGUGCUGAGUUUAGUGAAGAAACAUUACCGCCUGCAGUUUUACAUGUUUGCUUGGACCCAUGUGACCCUGUUGAUUGUGGUAACUCAGUCCCACCUUGUCAUUCAGAACCUGUUUGAAGGAAUGAUCUGGUUUAUCGUUCCCAUCUCCAUCGUGAUCUCCAACGACAUCGGAGCCUACCUGUUUGGCUUCUUCUUCGGGAGAACUCCGCUCAUCAAGCUCUCGCCCAAGAAGACCUGGGAGGGCUUCAUCGGGGGCUUCUUCUUCACCGUGGUCUUCGGCUUCCUUCUGGCCCACUUCAUGUCUCGGUUCCAGUACUUCGUGUGUCCGGUGGAGUUUAACAGCGACACCAACAGGUUCACGGUGGAGUGCGAGCCCUCGGAGCUGUUCGUGCUGCAGGAGUACACGCUUCCUGCGGCGCUGCAGAACCUCCUCAGAUGGGAAACGGUGACCCUCUACCCCUUCUGCAUCCACAGCGUCUUCCUGUCCUCCUUCGCGUCGCUCAUUGGGCCGUUUGGAGGUUUCUUCGCCAGCGGCUUCAAGCGAGCGUUCAAAAUCAAAGACUUUGCCAGCACCAUCCCGGGUCACGGAGGCAUCAUGGACCGCUUCGACUGUCAGUACCUGAUGGCCACGUUCACUCACGUCUACAUCGGCAGCUUCGUCAG